ACUAAUUCAGAUCUCAUAGAACCUACUUGAUUAAUCAUGAAGGAAAAUCUUCUCAAUUAAGACUAAAUUGCUUCAGUUUUGCUGUUAACACUCAACAGAUUUGAUUAGAUUAUAUUAUUACCCAUGAAAAAGAUGAUAAAAUGUAAAAACUCUGAACAGAAGUCUUGAUUAUCUUUCGAUAGUAAACAACUAAUAAACUCAUUACUAUUCAUACAUUUGGUGAAUUGUUAUUAAUAAAAUGUUAUUACAAUCAUAUUGUGGUCAUGAAUUUUGGAACAAUUCAUUAUCCUGGAACACUGGUCAUCCAGUGUUGUCACCUUGUUUCGUCGAGACUGGACUACUUUGGAUUCCAUCGGUCAUCUUGAUAUUUUCCUUUCCAUUCGCAAUCACGUUUACCCUUCGUAAUCCGAAACCCCCUCUCAUUUGGACUUGGCGACUUUAUAUUAAAUUGCUAUUCUGUAUUAUCUUAACCUCAUCGGCCGUUUAUGAAGUGGUCAUUUCGUUCACCAUCAAAAGUGAAUCGUCUUUUCCUUAUGAAUAUUUUUCACCGAUAAUAAGACUUUCAUCUUUUAUUAUCGCUACAGUUUUACUCUAUUUCUACAAACGUAACGGUGUUCAUACUUCCGGAUUACUUUUCUUCUACUGGAUUCUAAUGGUUGUUCAAUUUUCUGCUUAUUAUUGGGUUUUAAUUGAUUCCAACUUUAACUCACGAUCUUGGACAUUUUCACGGUCAGAUUUUCUCUUGAAAAGUACACAAUUGGCCUUGGUAUUGGUCAUUUGGAUCUUUAAUUGUUUCGCUGAUGAUGUGGACAUUGAUCGUAAAGGAGGUUUCAAUUCAUCUGAUAAUUUCACUAAAACCUCAAUUGUGUCCCAAUUACUAUUCAUUUGGUAUGAUUCUAUGGCUCUUCUUGGAUUCAGAAAAACGAUCACCCAAUCUGAUCUAUGGGAAUUACCUGAUGAAAAUAAAACUCACCUGAUUCAAGGAUCGUUUGAAAAGCUAUUACAAUCAUCGUCAAAGAGCAAACAAUCAAAUGCAAAUAUUAGCACCAACAAUUUAUUACGUUUGUUGUUGAUAAACUUUUGGCCUUAUUUGAUUGCUUGUGUUUUCUUUAAGCUUUUUCUAAUUUUAAUUGCAUUUGUAAGUCCACAGCUUCUUGAUUUAUUGUUAACUUUCAUCAAAUCGGAUGAUCCAUCAUGGAGAGGUUAUCUCUUAGCUGGUGGAAUGUUUAUUUCGGCUUUUAUGGAAUCGAUGCUCGAUUCUCAACAUGAGUUCUGGAUUCAAACAGUAUCUAUGAGAAUGAGAUCAGCUCUUAUAUCUGCAAUUUAUCAUAAGAGUUUACGACUUUCUGGCUUAGGGCGACGGGAUUACACUACUGGAGAGAUUGUUAAUAUAAUGGCAGUUGACACCCAGCGAAUUACUGAUUAUAUCAAUACCAUAAACGUCCUUUGGUCAGCACCUAUUCAGAUAAUUAUCACGAUUAUCCUUCUUCGCUUUCAAAUUGGACUUGUUUCCUCUCUCGCUGGACUGGCAUUCAUGGCAACUUUGGUUCCAAUCAAUGGAUACAUUCGUACAUUGGUUAAAAAUUAUCAGGCCAAAGUGAUGCUCGAGAAAGAUAAAAGAGCCAAAACAAUGUCCGAAAUACUAAAUGGGAUCAAAGUAUUGAAACUCUAUGCAUGGGAAGGAGCUUUCGAAGACAUGGUCUCAGAUAUUCGAGCACGGGAACUAUUCUGGCUCAAAAGGCAAGCGAUUUGGCACGCAGUCAUUAAUUUCAUCGCUAAUUUUGCUCCGUUUGGUGUGUCACUUGUUUGCUUUGCAACUUAUAUUUUAACCGAUUCAUCAAAUGUCCUGGACGCUAAUAAAGCUUUCGUUACAAUCGCUCUAAUUAAUAUACUAAGAGUACCUUUAACCCAUUUACCGAUGGUGGUUUCUUAUGGAGCAAAUUGUAUCAUAUCUUUAAGGCGAAUCAACAAAUAUUUGCAAGGAGAUGAACUUGACUUUGAUUCAGUUGCUCAUGAAAAGAAUCAUGAAUAUCCAGUUACUUUUGUAGAUUCUACUUUCAGUUGGUCUAAAGAUGAAGAUUCAGUACUGAGGAACAUUAAUUUGACCAUUGGAAGAGGUAAAUUGGUCGCAAUUGUAGGACCAAUAGGUUCUGGUAAAUCGUCACUUUUAGCUGCUCUUCUUGGAAAUUUGUACAAGCGGAAAGGGAUGGUCAAUGUUUCUGGACGAAUCGCUUAUGUACCACAAACAGCUUGGUUGCAAAAUGCUACAUUUCGACAGAAUAUUGUCUUUGGUCAAUCUUUUCGAAGUGAAAAAUAUGAAUUCGUUGUUAACGCUUGUUCUCUUGUACCUGAUCUAAAGAUGUUACCUGGUGGAGAUUUAACUGAAAUCGGUGAAAGAGGAAUCAAUCUAAGUGGUGGACAAAAACAACGCAUUAGUAUUGCUCGAGCUGUCUAUGCAAAUUCUGAUAUUUAUCUUCUAGAUGAUCCACUGUCAGCCGUCGAUGCUCAUGUCGCUUCUUCGUUGUUUGAUAAAGUCAUUGGUCCAAACGGUUUAUUGAAAAAUAAGACUCGUAUUCUGGUAACUCAUCGUAUUACAUUUUUACCUCAAGUCGAUGAGAUAAUUGUGAUGAAAGAUGGAUCAGUAUAUGAGACUGGAAAAUACGACGAACUUAUGUCCAAAAAGGGUCAAUUCUAUGACUUUAUUGUUCAAUAUUUAGCAGAAUCAGAGGCUCAAGAUCAAUUGGAUGAAGAUCCUGAAAAGAUAAACCAAAUGAAAUCCAGUGUAAAGUCAGCAUUAGAAGCACGACUAUCAUUGGAUCGAACGCUAUCAAUUGGAGCUCUAAGUCGAAGUAUAAGCCGCCAAAGUACACAAACAUCCAAUGAAAUAUCGAUUGAUAGAUCAAACUCAAUGAAGAUCGAAAAGUUCAAAGACCAAUCAGAAAAUGUUAACAAAGAAAAGCACAAAAUUAUCGCUAUCGAAACAGCAGAAACGGGAUCAGUUGCUUUCCGAGUUUAUUUUGAAUUCUUCCAGGCGGUUGGUUUAGUCUCUAUGGUGAUCACAUUUAUAUUGUACGUUAUCUCGAGCAUCUUGAACUUUGGUUACACUCUUUGGUUGACCGAUUGGACUGAAGACCCAACGGCAGCCGCUGAUUUCUCAUCUAGACUUUAUCGUCUAAGCGUCUAUGCUGCUCUUGGUAUGGGUGGAUCGUUGAUCAUUUUAAUCAACGCACAGAUCAUUGCAUUAGGAUUCCUAAGUGGAGCUGCUUGGAUUCAUAGCGAAAUGUUGAAUAAAAUAAUUCGAGCACCAAUGAGCUUUUAUGAUACAACACCCAUGGGAAGGAUUCUCAACAGAUUCACAAAAGAUAUUGAUAAUGCUGAUACAACGAUCACUUUGAACUUUCGAGGUUUUUUCAACCAUUGUUGCCGUCUUGCCAUCUCAAUUGUCGGUAUUUGCACUCAGAGUAUUUAUCUAGCAGUUGGGAUAAUAGUUGUUGGAAUAUUUUAUUGCUUCGUUCAGAAAUUUUACAUUGCAUCAUCUCGACAGUUACGUCGCAUAGAGUCAAUUACACGAUCACCGAUCUAUUCGCAUUUUUCUGAGACAGUAACGGGUUCGACAGUGAUUCGAUCCUAUGCUGCAUCAGAACGUUUUAUUCAUGAGUGUUACCGUCGAGUUGAUAUGAACCAUUCAUCAUUAUUCUUGAACAUUGGUGCUUCUAGAUGGCUUUCGAUUAGACUUGAACUUUUGGGUAACUUGAUCGUGACCUGUGUUGCGUUUGCGGCUGUUAUAUCUCGAGGCUCAUCGACUGCGGGAUCAACUGGUUUAGCUCUAAGUUACGCACUUCAAAUAACAUCAAUUCUCAAUCUUUUUAUGACUUCAUUUUCUAAUAUCGAGAACAAUAUUGUUUCCAUUGAAAGAUGCUUAGAGUUUACUAAAACUAAAUCAGAGGCUUCAUGGGUAAAUCACAGCAAUCGACCGAGAAAAUCAUGGCCUGAAAAUGGAAAGAUUACCUUGAGAAACUAUUCUACUCGUUAUCGUCCUGGUCUUGAUUUAGUCUUGAAACAAAUCGACUGUACAAUAAAUCCAAAUGAAAAGGUUGGAAUCGUUGGCCGAACGGGCGCUGGUAAAUCGUCAUUCACAUUGGCACUAUUUAGACUAAUCGAACCAGUUGAAGGAACAAUUCUUAUCGACAAUAAGGAUAUAUCAUCACUUGGUCUUCACGAUUUACGAUCACGAUUGACGAUAAUUCCACAAGACCCAGUUCUAUUUUCCGCAUCUCUAAGAGUAAAUUUUGAUCCAUUCGAGAAAUUUAAUGACCAAGAAAUCUGGAGAUCCAUUGAAUUAUCAGGUCUCAAAGAGUUUGUUUCAUCACUGGAACAAGGACUUGACCAUCCAAUCGCUGAGGGAGGUGAAAAUCUAAGUGUCGGUCAAAGGCAAUUGGUCUGUUUAACUCGAGCUCUUUUGAGAAAAACUAAAAUUCUUAUACUCGAUGAAGCAACAGCAGCCGUUGAUGUAGAAACGGAUGAAUAUAUACAAGAAACGAUUCGUCGUGAAUUCAAUGACUGUACAAUUGUAACUAUCGCUCAUCGUCUUAAUACCAUCAUGGAUUAUGAUAAGAUAAUAGUUAUGUCCGAUGGAGAGAUUGUUGAAUUCGAUAAACCUUCCAAUCUAUUGUCUAAACCAGAAUCAAUCUUUUAUUCAAUGGUAAAAGAAGCUAAAUUAAUCUGAGCAUCACAAUGAACUUUUGUGGUUCCAAUUGAAAUAAUAUCAUGAAUUCGUUUGAAGUUCAUUAGUUCAAUAAAUAAGAAGCAAUUGAUAAAGAUCCAAA